GGUGGCGCUGCUGCUGCUGCUGAUGGCGGCGCCGUCGGUGAUCAACGCCCGCGUGACGUGCGGGCAGGUGCUGAGUUGCGUGACCCCGUGCAUCAGCUACGCCAUGGGGCGGGGCAGCGAGCCCCCGCCGGCCUGCUGCUCCGGCGUGAGCAACCUGAACGCGGCCGCCAACAACACCGCCGACCGGCAGGCCACCUGCAAGUGCCUGAAGCAGAUCACCAGCACCAUGCCGGCGCUCAAGCCCGACAUCGUCGCCGGCAUCCCCAGCAAGUGCGGCGUCGACAUCCCAUACCCCAUCGCAAGCUCAACAGACUGCUCCAAGGUGCAGUAAUUAAGAAGUAUUUCGAUAGUAAGGAUCAUGGAGCUAGCAAAAUAAAGAUCAUUCCAUAUAUAUAUCAUCGAGCUGUGUGUAGUAAGUAUUUCAUGCAUACAUGGUCGAUGGCUAUACCUGCA